AUGGCGGCGGCGGCGGCCGGAGCCGGGGCCGGGGCGACGGCGGGCGGGGGAGGCGGGGAGCGGAGCAGCACCCGGGAGCGGCUCCUGGCGGCGCUGGAGGAUCUCGAGCUCUUGGCCAGGGAACUAAUUGAAAUUUUGGCAAUUUCAAGAAACCAAAAGCUUCCACAACCAGGAGAGGAGAGCCAGAUCCUGGAACUGCUGAUUCAGAGAGAUGGAGAGUUUCAAGAGCUAAUGAAGUUGGCAGUUGAUCAGGGAAAAAUCCAUCAUGAAAUGCAGCUUUUAGAAAAGGUAGUAGAAAAGCGGGAUAAUGAUAUUCAGCAGCUGCAGAAACAGCUAAAAGAAGCAGAGCACAUACUGGCAACAGCUGUUUAUCAAGCAAAGGAAAAACUGAAAUCAAUUGAAAAAGCACGAAAAGGUGCCAUUUCCUCUGAAGAAAUAAUUAAAUACGCACACAGGAUCAGUGCUAGCAAUGCUGUUUGUGCUCCUCUGACAUGGGUACCAGGGGACCCACGUAGGCCAUAUCCUACAGAUCUGGAAAUGAGAAGCGGACUCUUGGGUCAGAUGAACAACCCAUCCACCAAUGGAGUCAAUGGACACUUACCAGGGGAUGCACUUGCAGCAGGCAGACUGCCAGAUGUGCUCGCUCCUCAGUAUCCUUGGCAGUCGAGUGAUAUGUCAAUGAACAUGCUACCUCCUAAUCAUAGUAAUGACUUCAUGCUGGAGCCUCCAGGACACAAUAAAGAGAAUGAAGAUGAUGUAGAAGUUAUGUCAACAGACUCCUCAAGCAGCAGCAGUGACUCAGACUAGAUGAGUUGCCAUGUAACUUCAAUACUCAGGACAUUUUAUCCGCAUAUGUGGUUGAAUUCUGAUUGAGUUUCAGAAGUUUGUACUCCAUUUUCCCCUGUGCAAAAUGCCCAGUCAGCAUUAGCAGCAGCUGAGGAGUCAGAAGUGGAAAGCCUGUCCUUCCUUUUCAGGUGAGCCGUCCCAGGUACACACAAAGCUGGGCAGACCCUGAGGCAGCGAGUGCCCACCCACAAGGCUGUCCCAAAUACUUGGUUCCAAGUGUCCUGGGACCCUGGAGGUGACAGACUUGGGGCAUGCUGCAGGUUUAGCUCCUUUCAGAUCAAAGUGCUCAAGGACUUUUUUAUUCUUGUCAUCUGUAACUUUUUCAGUUCUUUGAACCUGCUCAUUUGUUUAUUUCAACAGUUGCAUUCCCUGCAUCAGCUGCAAUGUUUUUUUGUCUUUCCAAAGGCACUUCUCUUGGCUUUCUUUUCCUUGUUCUGUUUUGCUUAACGAGUCAUUUUAUGACAGCUGCUUUCCUCUUACAUAACCCUCUGAUAAAACUUCAAAACUCAUGUGAACUGUUGCUCCUGCCAGUUACAGGUUUCUGUCCUGCAGCACAGCUUCCUGCAGCACACAUCACAAUUCUCUUCCCUUUUCCAUUUUGUAGAUGCCUCACAGGAAGUAUCUGAUGCAUCAGGUAAUUCCUCCUUUGCUCAAGUAAUCUUUCAAACAUUG